AUGAAGAGAGCAGAAAGUGUAGCAGAGACACUGAAAAAAGGGCAGCUGCUGCAGAAGGAGAAAGAAACAGAAAAUAACUGGAACAAAAUAGAUGAAAUACUGGAAAGAGUGUCAGAGAUAAAUAAAAAAGAAGAAGCUCAGGAAAUAGUGCAGCUGGUACCGCUUAUGUGCAUGGGCGUGCAGAGCAACAGAAGUAAGCUCAGCGGGUCAGGCUGCAAGGCUCUGUCCAAGCUCUUUGAAAAUCUGGGAGACGAGCUGAAGGAGCAUUUACCGCAGAUUUUCACGUCUCUGAUGAGCGCGCUGGGGAAGACAAACAAGGUGAUAUUCAUGCGAGCCAUGGGCACAGCAAGCACCAUAGCCAGCACGUGCUCAUUGAGGGCGAUAGCAAAGCAAAUUCGAUUGAAUGUAGCGAGCCAAAGCAAAACGGUGCGCCAGGGAUUGCUGGAGAUGGCAGUUAGGGGAAUAGAGAAAGAGAGAAUAAAAGAGCUAGUGGAAGUUCUGGAAACUCUGGUGGACGACGUAAACCCAGAGAUAAGAGCAAAGGCCAGAGAAGGAAUGGCAAAGCUUUCUGAGCUGGACAGAAAAGCUUUUAUAGGGCUAUCAAAUAGCCAGCCUGAAAAAACAAAAGAAUUGCCUGAAAAGGAAGAAAAGGUUUCAGUAGCUGCAAAUGACAUAAAUAUACAGCCAAGCGUAAUAUCAAGUGUGCGCCUGUCUCCCAACACAAGUGCGAUCAAGAUCAAAGACUCAGGAGCAAAUGUGAUAAUAAGAGGGCCUCUUCGGUCAAUUGUCUCGAAUAUGCCGUGCGAGAGCGUGAUACGGCCCUCUCUUAAGCCAGGAUACUCGCUGGAGCGAAUCGGGCACCGGCUGGAAAUGCACAAAAAAGAAAUUGAAGAAGGCAUGAAAAAAGAGUGGACUCCAAGGAAAACACCAGUGAUCAAAAAAAGACAAAGAGAGUCUACAAACACUCCCCUGAGCGCCAGCAAAAACAUCAAGUACAGUGAAGCGGAGAAGAAAGACGAGCUAACUGAAAAUGACUCACUAAACCUGUCGGAGGAGAUAGGGAACUUAUCCAUCACCAGGACAGAAGACGAGACAGAACAUAUUGUAGAAAACAAAGACAUGUACGAUAGCAUAUUCAGUAGUAAGGAAGCCAAAGGAACAAAAGAGUUUAUAGAGUCAUGCGAAGCAUUUGCAGAAGACCCCCUGAGCGAAGCGGAGUACUCCAUUCUGGCCCCUGAUGUGUUUAUCAGAAGAUCAACAACGAAAAAGAUAUAG